AUGGCGGCGAAGACGGCAGAUGAGCUGUCCAAGCUCGACUUGAAUGGCACUGCUGCCAAAACCAACCCGCAAGCCAAUGGCACAAAUGGAGUGAAUGGCCAUGUAUCAGAUCAGGACGACUCCGAUGAUGACAAGGACGACGAGGUCGCUGCCAACGGCGGUGCAAACGGCAACACUGCCAGUGGUGCCGCCAAGAAGAAGAAAAAGAAGAAGCCCAAGAAGAAGAAGGCCGGGGGCGCCAAAAUUCAAUCUGACCCGCCACGAGUACCUCUCAGCCAGCUGUUCCCUAACAACACAUAUCCGGUCGGUGAAGAGGUGGAAUAUAAGAACGACAAUGCGUACCGGACCACCAGCGAAGAGAAGCGGCACCUUGACCGCAUGAACAACGAUUUCCUGCAGGAAUACCGCCAAGCCGCUGAAACGCACCGGCAAGUGCGGAAAUGGGCCCAGGCCAACAUCAAACCCGGCAUGACUCUAACAGAGAUUGCUGAGGGAAUCGAGGACGGCACACGCGCUCUCACCGGCCACCCUGGUCUCGAAGAGGGUGAUAACAUCAAAGGCGGAGUGGGGUUUCCCACUGGAUUAAGCAUCAACCAUAUCGCCGCUCACUAUACCCCCAAUGCAGGCAACAAAUGGGUGUUGGGUGAGCAGGAUGUCAUGAAAGUCGACUUUGGGGUCCAUAUCAAUGGACGGAUUGUGGAUUCGGCGUUCACCAUGUCAUUCGAUCCGAAAUACGAUAACCUCCUGGCCGCGGUCAAGGACGCUACCAAUACCGGUAUCCGCGAGGCCGGUAUUGAUGUGCGAGUCUGCGACAUUGGGGCUGCGAUUCAGGAGACGAUGGAGUCUUACGAAGUCGAGCUAGACGGCAAAACAUACCCGGUCAAGGCGAUCCGAAAUCUCAAUGGCCACGAUAUUGUACAGCACAGCAUCCAUGGCGGCAAGUCGGUGCCGAUCGUCAAGGGCGGCGAUCAAACAAAGAUGGAGGAAGGCGAGAUUUUUGCCAUUGAGACCUUUGGUUCGACUGGACGUGGUUAUGUGGUGGAUGAUCUCGAAGUCUCCCAUUACGCACUUAAACCGGAUGCCCCCAAUGUCGCCCUACGGGUGCAGUCCGCCCGCUCACUACUGAAUGUAAUCAAGAAGAACUUUGGUACAUUGCCUUUCUGCCGACGUUACCUCGACCGGCUUGGACAAGAAAAGUACUUGUUGGGGCUGAACAACCUUGUCAGCCAGGGCAUUGUUGAGGCAUAUCCACCGCUUGUGGAUACCAAGGGCAGCUACACUGCCCAGUUUGAACAUACCAUCCUCCUCCGCCCUACGGUUAAGGAGGUGGUUAGCCGCGGAGAUGACUACUGA